UCACGUGACCCAGUACGUCACAUGUAAACCUGAGCGAAAAUGGCGGCCGCUGGAGGAGAAUCUUCCUCUCAGAGUGUGUCGGAUGAAUUAUUUCAAAACUUUUAUACCGAGGUGAAGCAGAUUGAGAAGAGGGACUCUGUGUUAACGUCUAAGCAGCAGAUUGACAGGUUGCUAAGACCUGGAUCAUCGUACUUCAACCUCAACCCCUUUGAGGUAUUGCAGAUUGAUCCAGAAGCAACAGACGAAGAGCUGAAGAAAAGAUUUAGGGCGUUAUCCAUUUUGGUCCAUCCAGACAAAAAUCAGGAUGACCCAGAGAGAGCACAGAAAGCCUUUGAAGUUGUGGACAAAUCAUACAAACUCUUACUGGAUCCUGAACAGAAAAAGCGAGCAGUUGAUGUGAUCCAAGCAGGAAAAGAAUAUGUGGAGCAUAUGGUAAAGCAGAAAAAGAAGCAACUAAAGAAAGAUGGCAAACCGCAGGAUGUGGAGGAGGACGACCCUGACAUGUUUAGACAAGCUGUGUACAAACAAACCAUGAAGCUGUUUGCUGAGCUUGAAAUAAAAAGGAAGGAAAGGGAAGCGAAGGAAAUGCAUGAAAGGAAAAGGGCAAGAGAAGAAGAAAUUGAGGCAGCGGAAAAGGCAAAGCGGGAAAGAGAAUGGCAGAAGAAUUUUGAGGAAUCACGAGACGGACGCGUGGACAGCUGGAGGACCUUCCAAACCAAAGGAAAAAGCAAAGAGAAAAAGAACAGGUCCUUCCUCAAACCCCCAAAAGUUAAGAUGGAGCAGAGGGAAUGAUGCUGGAAAACUGUCAAAAUAAAGUCAUGUUCUGUGAAUCCCCACCUUGUCUGCAGUCAGCACAGCUGCAAUCUGAUGCAUCACAUGACAGGCUCCUUAUCCCAACAAAUGUAGUUUUGUACUUCAUUUUCUAUUGUACAUACUUGUGAUUAGAGUUAGACAAUGCAUCUUCCAUUAAUGUAACUCAAACAAAAAUGUCUUGUUUUUCGAACCCUAAUAAAGCUCGAUCUUCAGUCUAC